AUGGAUGAUGCGGAUUUUGUGGUCAAUGUGGGAUCGACUGAUACUAGAAUAGAUGGUGUUGGAUCGAAUGUGCCGAUUAUUGGGAUGUUGUUUCAAUCUGCAGAUGAAAUGUUUGAGUAUUACAAGGCAUAUGGACAAGUUAAGAGAUUCUCUAUUAAGAGGAGAUCAUUAACCAGGGAUGCAAAUGGCGUCUAUCGAUAUCUUGUAUUUUCCUGUGGGCGGUCUGAUAAGUACAUUAGCCAUUCGAAAAAUCUUGUCAAUCAUCAGGCUAAUUCCAAGAAUGAUUGUAAGGCCAGACUUGUUGCUCGGUUAUCUGCAUGUGAGAAAUGGGAGAUUACACAAUUUAAUGAUGUGCACAAUCAUAAUCUAAGCCCUACACAUUCUAGGUUCUUUACUUGCAAUAGAGAGAUUAAUCCACACGUGAAGAGACAGUUAGAGAUAAAUGACAUUGCAGGGAUUAGGCCAAACAAGAGUCACAAUUCUUUUGUAAUUGGAGCUGGUGGUCAUGACAAUUUGAAAUUUUUGGAACGGGACACUCGCAAUCAUCUUGCUCAUUUGAGGCGUAUGCGUCUUGGUGAGGGUGAUGAAAAUGCGGUUCAGAUGUAUUUCACUAAGAUGCAAGCUAACAACCAUGGGUUUUUUUCACUAAUUGAUUGGGAUGAGGAUGGUAGACUGAGAAAUUUGUUUUGGGCGGAUCAACGCAGUAGGGCUGCAUACCAUGAGUUUGGUGAUGUAGUUACUUUCGACACGACAUACCUAACAAACAAAUAUGAUAUGCCGUUUGCUCCUUUUGUUGGGGUUAAUCACCAUGGUCACUCUAAAUUAUUAGGAUGUGGACUGUUAUCUGGCGAGGAUACAGAAACUUUUGUAUGGCUUUUUAGAACUUGGCUUGCUUGUAUGGGUGGUGUUCCUCCUUCAGGUAUUAUCACUGAUCAAGAUAGGGCAAUGAAGAAUGCGAUACAAUUCGUAUUUCCAACAACUCGCCACAGACUAUGUCUAUGGCAUAUUAUGAAGAAAUUGCCUGAAAAAUUUGGUUCACAUCGUGAAUAUGAGGGUAUAUCUCGUUUAUUACACGCCGCUGUUUAUGAUACACACAGUAUUGAGAAUUUCGAAGAUGCGUGGCGUACAUUGGUUGGAAGAUAUAAUCUGGAAGGAAAUGCAUGGCUAUCUUCUUUGUAUUUAGAUAGGGAGAUGUGGGUGCCUAUUUUUGUACGAAAAUACUUUUGGGCUGGGAUGUCUACAACACAGCGAAGUGAGAGUAUGAACGCAUUUUUUGAUGGGUACGUUAACUCAAAGACUACGCUAAAGCAGUUUGUGGAACAAUAUGAGAAUGCUUUGAGGAAAAAAGUUGAGAAAGAGUGUCAAGCAGACUUUGAUUCAUUAAACAAGCAAAUCCCAUGUGCUACAUUUUACAAUAUGGAAAAGCAAAUCCAAGGUAUUUACACAACAGCAAAGUUUGUUGAAUUCCAAUCUGAAUUGACAGGAAUGAUGUAUUGUGGAAUUAACCAGGUCAUUGCGGAUGAGGCAAAUUCACAAUAUAUUAUAUACGAGGAUGUUGUAUAUGGUGAAGGAGGUAGGAAAAAAGUUCUAUUUACUGUGACGUAUGACGGUAAAUAUGUUAAUUGCUCUUGUUUGAGGUUCGAGUUUAGGGGUAUUAUAUGCAGCCAUGCUAUCAAUGUUCUUGUUUGUAAUGACAUUGAACUAUUGCCAGAACCUUACAUAUUUACCAGGUGGAGGAAAGAUGUUCGAAGAACUCAUUCUCGUGUCAAAGUGAGCUGUGAUGGUUGGUCAUUGCCCCCUGAACAACGUCGUUAUGAUGAUAUGUGUAAAUCGUUCGCUACAUUGGCAGAUUUGGCGGCUGACCACGAAGCGCAAUAUGAUAUCGUCAUGGAAUGGAUAGCUGCAUCGUCGAGAAACAUGUUAAGUAAUUCAAACCCUGCUUUGAUUAGGGGUUCAUGCAAUUCAAAUGAUCCAGUUGUUAAGAGAUCUAAGGGGCGUCCUCGUAGUGUUAUGAAGAAGAAGAUUUACAAAAACAAACGAAAUGGGAGUGGCAGUACAUCAGCAGGCAUAUCAACUACGCAGGAGGAGGAUGAUAAUAGCGUUGCACUUUGA